AUGUCGUCGGGACUUUCAAGACGGCGGGGCAAACAGUCGACCGCUGCAGAAGACACCUCAGGAACUUUUGAGGAGGCCGGAGAACACAAGAUUGCGUACGAUCCUAAUGACGUUGCCGACUCGAGCAAGAACAGCCAGGUGCCGGUGCUGACUCUGAUGGAGGAGGUGUUGCUUAUUGGAUUGAAAGACAAAGAGGGAUACUUGUCGUUUUGGAAUGACAAUAUUUCGUACGCCCUGAGAGGGCUAAUUAUCCUGGAGCUGGCCUUCCGGGGCAAGAUUCGGAUGGUGAACGACCCAGCCAGAAAGCGGUUUGAGUUCCCGGACCGGCUGAUCGAGUGCUGCGACGGAUCGCUUACAGGAGAGACCUUGUUGGACGAGGCCUUGAAACUCAUCAAAAACGACACGCAACACCUUAGUGUUUCGAACUGGAUCGACCUGCUUUCUGGUGAGACGUGGAACCUGAUGAAGAUCAACUACCAGCUCAAACAGGUCAGAGAGAGACUCGCCAAGGGACUCGUGGACAAGGGAGUCCUGAAAACCGAAAGAAAGAACUUUUUACUAUUCGACAUGGCCACGCAUCCUAUCCAAGACCCUACUCCCAAGAGAAAUGUAACAUCACGGAUUCUGGCCCUGCUCACAAACAGAAACUUUAUUCUCGAGUACGACGAGAAGUACUUCCCACAAUCGGUCAAGUACAAGUACCUUAGAACCAUCUGUCUGGUUACCGGGUGCUGUGCUGCCAACGUGUUAGAAAACAUACUCAUGGACCUCAACUUUGACAGCAGAGACAACGCUUUUAUUCGAGCCGACGAGAUCCUCAACCAAUUCAGCGAGUAUCCGUUUGUCGAUAAAGGGUCUUCUGUAGGAGUUGGAAUGAACCUGUUUACGGAGAUUAAUAAGGAGAUCGACACCGAUCAGCCUGGUGAUCUUGUGUUGGAGGUUGUUGCCGCGGUCGUGAGCGUGUUCAGCAAGAUGGAUUCCAUCAUCUAA